AGUCUGCGGACUGGACUCCUUAAGAUCUUCACUAUCGAAACUAUAUGUCGACAAACCCCUCAAGAACACCGGUAGUGCAGCCGCGGAGAAUAUGCUCCAUGUUAUGAUAGUGGUAGAUUCCGAGGGUGUGAUGAGCUCUGCGUGUUGUUGUUGGAGUUGGAGUUUAGCAUAUAAAGACCAGCCAGCCGCCAACGUGAAAGAUGUUCGUUUCCUGUGCCUUCAAGCUUCUCAUCAAUCACAACUCCCAUCAUACCACCAUCCACAAUGCACUCCACCCUCCUUCUCCUCGGCCUUGUCGCCGCUGCUUUCGCCGCCCCAGAAGCUGGCGUUACACCAGUCGCUGAUCUCCACGAAAGACAAGAAAUCGGCGGCGGCAUCGCCGGAACCGCAGGCUCAGCCGACGGUACCGCUGGCGGCGCAAUCAACGGUCCAACUGGCUUCAUCGAAGGCUGUCUUGGAGGUGCGAUCUCGGGCUCUGGUACUACGGCUUGUUAUCCGGUUGAGACUGCCCCGGCGCCGACUGAUACCAAGUCUCACGAAGCUGCUGGCAAUGCUGCAGGUACUCUCGGCCCACUUUCGGCUUCUGGGUUUGCUGAUGCGGAGGGACUUUGUGCUGGGGGACAGAUUGGGAAGAAUGGGUUUACGACCUGUUUGCAGGCAACGUCUACGAGGUAGAGGUGGUAGUUGGGGUGGAAUUGAAGGGGGUUUCCGGUAUGGUUCGAACGCGGUAGUUGGUAGAUUGUGUGGGAAUUCGAAAGUCUUGCCGCGUGAUUGGAAUACUUACUCCCUCUGUAUCCUUUUUUCUUUAUCACUUUCCAAUGCGUGUCGGCGCUCUUGGCUUAAUGAUUAUGCAUCAUAGUGUUAGGAGGCCCGGUGAAAUGCUUGUUUCCAGGCGUUCGGACUAGACUCGAUGUCAUCUUCGACUGCUUGCGCCAUUCGGACAACCUUUUUGACAGGUAUUGGGAUGAGGACCUCCUUUCCGG